UGCCAAAACGUCGAUAACUACUAAGGUUUUUGUGACUAGUUUUUUUUUUCAGAAGACAUCAAUCAGCUUUGAUUUUGGUUUAAAGUAUGACAGUGUUCAAUUUGCUUCUGCUUGGCGAGCGUGGGGUUGGAAAAACAACCUUCAUCAAUUCUCUUAUCAACUAUUUUCGGUACGACAACAUAGAUGCCGCUGUCAUGAGUACCGCCAUAAUGGAGCUCCAAUGACGAUCUCUAUCAUCGAUGCAAAUAACAGAGAGGUAUCUAUUUCCCUAAACGCUAACGUUGACGGAAAAUACAAUGUUAAAUCGAACACAAGAACGAAAGAGUACUUAGUCCCGAUACAUGGACACCAGUUAAGGCUCAUAGACUCCACAGGAUUUGAUAUGUCGAAAAACGAGCAAAACCAAUUUAAAAAUAUCUUCCAACAACUCGGUCAUCUACAAGAGCUGCACGCUGUUUGCUUUUUUCUAAGAUUGUCGGAUCUGCAAACAGUUUCAGUCGGAAAUCUCAUAAGACAAACCAUAACAAAUUUAGACGUAGCUGCUGUCAAAAAUUUUAUUUUUAUUUUCACUGAAGGCAGAAAAGUUGGCUUUUAUCCUACCGUUGCACGGAAUGCUUUAGGGAAAAUUGUCAAUACAAUCAAUUCGACAUCACCUCAAAUUAACAUUCCCUUACAUAACGACAACAUGUACUGUGUGGAUAAUGAAGCGUUCGUUCAUUUGGUGGCAUACAAGUGUGGCACAAGUUUAAGUCCAAAAGAUGCGUAUUACACUGAAUCCAGCUGGAACACUUCACUACAAGAAUGCAAACGACUGCUCGACUAUGUUAGUAAAUUAAAACUGUUUCAACUUCCGGUUGAUGGUGCGGUUGAAGCGAUUCAAACACUUCUCAAGGAAAAUUCGCCUCGCUUAGUGGACAUAAUUGAGUCCAAUUCUCAGAAUUUAGAAAAGUGCGAAAAAGUCGUAGAGGAUUCGAAAGCAGUGUGUCAGUUGGUUGAAGCCAUGAAACGAUCAAUUGAGCACUAUGAAAGACAGUCUAGACAAGCAAAUGAUUAUAGAAAGCAGAAUGAAGACAAUCGCGUAACUUAUGCUAAAAUUGAUUUUAACAAAAAUACGGCACCGCUAACGGAACACGAUGUUGACAAUGAUAUAAAAAGAAAUCUAGAAAAGACAGCCAUUAUACUGAAAAAAUACAAAAAAUAUAUCACAAAUGCACAUAAAAUAGUUGAGAAGCAACAGGAGGAAAUUCGUAGGACUGUAGAAAAUUUUGCUGCAAUUGCUACGUUUUUGGAAAAGUGUGGCUUAUAUGACAAUUUAGAAAGAGAAAUUGCUUCCGCAUUGUCUUCUACAAAGAAAAAUAAGAUCGAUAGAGUUAUAAAAAUGUUAAAAGCACUGCAUCUGGGGUACAAACGGAUGAAAGGAGACUCGAGAAGGGCGUCAAACACGUGACGAUUGUGAAAGAGCUCGAAAAAUUUCAACUAGCAGGUUCUCGAUAAAAUUUUUAGCACUUUUUAAUUAAAUAGGACAUUCUGCUGUGUUAGAGUUCAUCUUUGUAAAACUUAUAUAUUUCUAAAGGCAAUGAAUAAAUGAAUUCCGCCAGA